CCCCGCCCCCUCCCGCCCCCUCCGACUUGUGUGUGUGUGUGUGUGUAGGCUCGGGCUGGCUGCGGGCUCCAGGCUUGGCUGCGCUCGCUCGCUCGCUUGCUCGCUCAGUCGUGCGCCGGGGGCUUUUGUGGCCGGGGCCGACCUGGGCUUUGUGUCCCGACUUCUGCGCAGCCCGGCGGCGUUGCUCCCGGCCAGGGAUCCCUCGUCCUCUUCCUCCCCGCGAGGCGGCGGCGGCGGCGCAGUCCCCGGGCCAGGAGCGAGCGAGCGAGCGCGCCGGCGUGAGCGACGACCGUCAGGGGGCCGAGGAGGGGUCCGAGUGGGCCGAGCCCGAAGAUGCCGGAGUUCCUGGAGGACCCUUCGGUCCUGACCAAAGACAAGUUGAAGAGCGAGUUGGUCGCCAACAACGUGACGCUCCCGGCCGGCGAGCAGCGCAAGGACGUGUACGUGCAGCUCUACCUGCAGCACCUCACGGCGCGCAACCGGCCGCCGUCGUCGUCGUCGCUCGCCGCGGGCGCCAACAGCAAGGGACCGCCCGACUUCUCCAGCGACGAGGAGCGCGAGCCCACCCCGGUGCUCGGCUCCGGGGCCUCCUCGGGCCGCGGCCGAGCCGCCGUCGGCAGGAAAGCCACAAAGAAAACUGAUAAGCCCAGACUAGAAGAUAAAGAUGACCUAGAUGUGACAGAGCUCUCUAAUGAAGAACUUCUGGAUCAACUUGUGAGAUACGGGGUGAAUCCUGGUCCCAUUGUGGGGACCACCAGGAAGCUGUAUGAGAAGAAGCUGUUGAAACUGAGGGAACAGGGCACAGAAUCACGGUCAUCUACGCCUCUCCCAACAGUCUCUUCUUCAGCAGAAAACACAAGACAGAAUGGAAGUAAUGACUCUGACAGAUACAGCGACAACGAUGAAGACUCUAAAAUAGAGCUCAAGCUUGAGAAGAGAGAGCCACUAAAGGGCAGAGCAAAGACUCCAGUAACACUCAAGCAAAGAAGAGUUGAUCAUAAUCAGGUGGAAACUUCACAGCAUUUUCGUGUAGAUGGUGCAGUAAUUUCAGAGAGUACUCCCAUAGCUGAAACUAUAAAGGCUUCAAGCAACGACUCCUUAGUUGUCAAUAGGUUGACUGGAAAUUUCAAGCAUGCAUCUUCUAUUCUGCCAGUCCCUGAAUUCUCAGACAUACCCAGAAGAACACCAAAGAAACCAUUGACAAGAGCUGAAGUGGGAGAGAAAACAGAGGAAAGACGAGUGGAAAGGGAUAUUCUUAAGGAAAUGUUCCCCUAUGAAGCAUCUACUCCAACAGGAAUCAGUGCUAGCUGCCGCAGGCCAAUUAAAGGGGCUGCAGGCCGGCCGCUGGAGCUCAGUGACUUCCGGAUGGAAGAGUCGUUCUCAUCGAAAUAUGUCCCCAAGUAUGCUCCUUUGGCAGAUGUCAAGUCGGAAAAGACGAAGAAGGGACGCUCCAUUCCCAUGUGGAUAAAAAUGUUGCUGUUUGUUGUUGUAGCAGUUUUUUUGUUUUUGGUCUAUCAAGCUAUGGAAACCAACCAAGGAAAUCCCUUCUCUAAUUUUCUUCAAGAUGCUAAAAUCUCCAACUGAAGAAAGCACUUCGGCACAUUCACCUUGAUCUCCUGUUUUUAAUAACUAGAAAACCAUUUGUGUCCACUGUUGACUGGAGAACUACAUUGUGAUUUCACCUCAGUAAAGUUAGUGUGCAUUGAAAAGCAAACGGGACGCAUACAUGGACCUCAUUUCAAUAUUUUGGACUUUGGAGAUCACACUGUGCCAUAUGAAUAAUUUUUUUAGCUCUGGAACUUUUUUGUAGGCUUUAUUUUUUUAAUGUGGACAUCUUAUUUCACUUUUGGGGAAAAUGCAUUGUUUUGUGUAUUUGAAAAAAGGCAAAACCUGGUAAUGUAAUGUGAAGCUACACAUUAAAUACUUGGAAUUCUUACAGAAAAGAUUUAUGACUUCUUCUCUACUGAGUGAAAAAUGUUAGAAAUGUGAAUGAGGUUCAGUAAGAGAGGGUCGGGCGUUUGUGCUUCCUGUAAUGCCGCGGUAUGUUGUUCGUGGAAGGUGCAGCAGUACGCUCUUCUGGAACCUCUGAUGGCAUUGCUGGUGCAGCCUGUCCUGCUACUUCUGGAAAUACUUCUCAUAUCAUGAAAGUCCUACUUCAUUAGAACCAUCCGAGUACACUUGGUUUUCCACAGGGAUCUAUCUCUUAGGGCAACAUAGAUAGCUGUUUCAGGCUACUGUUAGCUAGCUGUGAGACUGUCAUUGGAAUCUUGUACUUUUUAUUUACAGCAAAGCAUUUAUCUUGUCAAUCCAGCUUAUCAAAAUAGGAUUUAGGUUAGUAAGUGUUCAGGGGUGUUUGUUUAGACGUUAGAAACUAAACACAGGUCCUCUGUUUCAUUGUUUCAAUGUCUUCUAUUACCAAAAAAAAUUUUUUUUGCCAGGGAUUUUUUUGUUUUGGGUUGAGGAAGGGUGUCUAUGGGAUUUUUUGUUUUUGUCUUAACCGUAUAAUUCCUGAUGUAAUUUGAUUUAAAAGCAUAACAUUUGCUUUUAAAUCACAUACGCAGUAGUGAAUGCUUAAUUUGUAAUUUCAGUUAAGGUGGGCAUUAUGAUUUUAUGUACUCUUGAAAUGAUUAACAAUAUCCUUGUGGUUGUCUUAUUUUUUAGCUGAAAUUUACCUCAUGUAUGGCUUAGAUAAAGUUGCAGUAAAUUUAAAUUUUAAUAGAAUCAAGUAAAACAUGAAAAUUUUAAACUUAGUCAUUUAAGUUGCAAUUUUACAGUCAUUGACCGUAAAGCACACUAAAAAUGUAAAUUAUUUUUAAUAACAUCCAAAAUGUAAAGAUAAUUUUAAUUUUUAAAAAGGAAGAAGCCGAAGAUGAAUAUUUAGACCAGCGCACAGUUUUCUAUUACUGUAUUUAGCUUUUAGAUAUUUCGUAGACAUUUUAAGCAAACUUUUGCCGUUAAGACCAGAACAUGUAGGUCUGGUCUUCCUGGGCAUGUGGGAAACUGACUUGGAUCUGAAGUGCUUGCCUCUCUGAGUAAAAGUGUCUCUUUUGAGAUGAGCCACAGGGGGGCCAUGUUUUACUCACCUUUUCCAAGCUAACAUAAUAGCCAUCUUUUCCUUUGUCUUUAGACAUGGCUUCUUAUGUUGCUUUCAGUCUUUUGUUUAUAAUUAAAAAUUAUGAGAAGCCCCCAUUUGAUGUUUAAAAAUGUGGGGAGAUAAAUCAGACUUAACAUGUAAUGUCAGUCAAGUAGGAAAAGUGAUCCAAUACAGCAAAAGUAGGGCCUGGUCAAACAUGCCCACCCCCCCCCACCCCUUUUAAAUGUGUACUUGGUCUUUUGUCUGUGUCUGUUUUAUUCCACUAGAGACGUGUCCUUGAUGUAAAUGCAAAGCAUUUAUUAAUUCCUAGAUGUAGACUUUACAAUAUAAUUCAAUAAUAAAGUGAUUAACCUCUA